AUGAUGGCAAAAACUGCAAGAUCGAAGGGGGAGGGAGGAUAUCUCAAAGAUGGAGGCAAAGAGAGACAGAUCGGAGAAACACAACAGGUAAAGGGUGUUUGGUUGUUGUUGUUCGACCGGAAGGAAGAGAGACGAGAAAGAGAAGGGUCGACGCCCUUUUCUUGUUGCUGGAGGAUCACCCACAUUCGUAAAAUCUACGUCAUCGGCGACCCACAAACAUCAAGUAACCGACUACCCUUGCACCUCCACUGGGACUUCACCUACGCAUCUUUAGAAUCCCAACGCCUCAAACUAAACCAGGAAUUAGGUGUUUCUGAUAGGAUCAGAUCCUCGGAAAUGGCGGAUGAAGUGAAGUUGUUUGCUGCUGGAGGAAGUCCAUUCGUUUGCAGAGUCCAAAUCGCUUUGAAUAUGAAGGAAAUAAAAUACGAAAAAUUGGAAGAAGAUCUUCACAACAAGAGUGCCGACCUUUUGAAGUACAAUCCUAUUUAUAAGAAAGUAUCGGUGCUGGUUCAUAACGGAAACGCGAUCUCGGAGUCUCUGGUGAUCGUUGAAUACAUUGACGAUGCCUGGAAAGGGGUUCCGAUUUUGCCUCAAGAUCCUUAUCAGAAGGUUGUUGCUUGA